AUGGCAGGUACUGGACUGGCACUGCUCAGCUCAAUGUACUGACGAAAAAUAGUUACUUUUAAAUAUAGUUUGAAACAAUAAAAAUAGUUACUUUUAAAUAUAGUUUUAGACAAACAUUUUUUUUUUACUUUUAUAUAUAGUUUUAAGUAAGAAAAAUAGUUACUUUUAAAUAUAGUUUUAGACAAACAUUUUUUUAAAUGUUAUAUAUAGUUUUAAGUAAGAAAAAUAGUUACUUUUAAAUAUAGUUUUAGACAAACAUUUUUUACUUUUAUAUAUACAUUUUUAAGUAAGAAAAAUAGUUACUUUUAAAUAUAGUUUUAGACAAACAUUUUUUUAACUUUUAUAUAUAGUUUUAAGUAAGAAAAAUAGUUACUUUUAAAUAUAGUUUUAGACAAAAACAUUUUUUACUUUUAUAUAUAGUUUUAAGUAAGAAAAAUAGUUACUUUUAAAUAUAGUUUGAAACAAUAAAAAAUAGUUUUAAAACACAUAAAUUAUUACUUUUAUUGUUUAAUGUUAUACUUUUCUAUUAUUUCUCUAUUUUCCUUCCCUCUGCGCCGUUGGGAAGGCCCCGAAAGUAAGCACUUCACUGUUAGUCCUCACCUGUUGUUUGCGAAGCAUGUGACGAAUACAAUUUGAUUUUAGUUUUCUGCCCCCUUAUGAACAAAAGUGCAUUUUGAUUGGUGGAUUUUUUUUCAAAACGAAUGAAUAAAUAAUCUAACAGUAUGGAAAGUAUGUGAAUAGAAAAUGUGUGUAUAGCAGUACUUAUAUAGGAUGAGCCUGGACUAGAACAUACAUCAUCAAUCAACACUCACAUUCUUAAGUGAACAUAAAAUCCAUCCAGUGUCUAAACCACCUGACUUACUUUACGUGUGUACCUUUGACAUUUAAAUCAUGGUAAUAAAUCAUUCUUGUGCAUUAUCUCUCUCGUCUCGGAUCUGAAACCAGCAGCAACCACCAACUUCAAUGACAGUUAAUAUAAAAUCUAAAUACGAAUCUGACAUUCCCAUGCCCCAAUAACAUUGUCGCCGAGGAGGCUUUGCUAGCUAGCUAGAGUUUUUGAUUCAUAUAAGCAGUUUUCUUAUAAAACAGCUCAGCUAGCUAGCAAAAUGCUAAUUCCUGACACUAGCUAGCUAACGUUAGCUAGACUCGGGAGCUCAUGGGGACAUAGGCUUCAGGAGCCACCAUGGGCAACAAAAACUGGCUACUAGUUAGUUUUCAGCAAAAUAUGUUCAACUCCAGUGACCAUCACAUAUAGAAGGAUAGCUACUGACUGAAAUGUAUCUGGCUAGCUAUCUAGACUUGUGAGCUCAUAGGCACACAGACUAAAUUAGCCAACUGGUUAGACAUGAUUACACCAUGGGCAACAAUAACUAGUUUGUUUUCAGACAAAUCUUUUCAACACUUCAACUUAGUUUAUCCAAUGACCACCGCAUUUCGGAGGAGAGUUAAUUACUGAAAUGUAUCUAGCUAAAUCAUUGACCAGGCAGUUGCCACUAACUAAUUGUGGAUGCAUGACCUAUUCUUUGAAACAUUUGGGUUAACUUGCUCAUAUCAAGCAAUACAUACAAUGGGGGAAAAAAGUAUUUAGUCAGCCACCAAUUGUGCAAGUUCUCCCACUUAAAAAGAUGAGAGAGGCCUGUAAUUUUCAUCAUAGGUACACGUCAACUAUGACAGACAAAAUGAGGAAUUUUUUUUCCAGACAAUCACAUUGUAGGAUUUUCAAUGAAUUUAUUUGCAAAUUAUGGUGGAAAAUAAAGUAUUUGGUCAAUAACAAAAGUUUCUCAAUACUUUGUUAUAUACCCUUUGUUGGCAAUGACACAGGUCAAACAUUUUCUGUAAGUCUUCACAAGGUUUCCACACACUGUUGCUGGUAUUUUGGCCCAUUCCUCCAUGCAGAUCUCCUCUAGAGCAGUGAUGUUUUGGGGGCUGUCGCUGGGCAACACGGACUUUCAACUCCCUCCAAAGAUUUUCUAUGGGGUUGACAUCUGGAGACUGGCUAGGCCACUCCAGGACCUUGAAAUGCUUCUUACGAAGCCACUCCUUCAUUGCCCGGGCGGUGAGUUUGGGAUCAUUGUCAUGCUGAAAGACCCAGCCACGUUUCAUCUCCAAUGCCCUUGCUGAUGGAAGGAGGUUUUCACUCAAAAUCUCACGAUACAUGGCCCCAUUCAUUCUUUCCUUUACACGGAUCAGUCAUCCUGGUCCCUUUGCAGAAAAACAGCCCCAAAGCAUGAUGUUUCCACCCCCAUGCUUCACAGUAGGUAUGGUGUUCUUUGGAUGCAACUCAGCAUUCUUUGUCCUCCAAACACGACGAGUUGAGUUUUUACCAAAAAGUUCUAUUUUGGUUUCAUCUGACCAUAUGACAUUCUCCCAAUCCUCUUCUGGAUCAUCCAAAUGCACUCUAGCAAACUUCAGACGGGCCUGGACAUGUACUGGCUUAAGCAGGGGGACAUGUCUGGAGUCCCUGGCGGCGUAGUGUGUUACUGAUGGUAGGCUUUGUUACUUUGGUCCCAGCUCUCUGCAGGUCAUUCACUAGGUCCCCCCGUGUGGUUCUGGGAUUUUUGCUCACCGUUCUUGUGAUCAUUUUGACCCCACAGGAUGAGAUCUUGCGUGGAGCCCCAGAUCGAGGGACAUUAUCAGUGGUCUUGUAUGUCUUCCAUUUCCUAAUAAUUGCUCCCACAGUUGAUUUCUUCAAACCAAGCUGCUUACCUAUUGCAGAUUCAGUCUUCCCAGCCUGGUGCAGGUCUACAAUUUUGUUUCUGGUGUCCUUUGACAGCUCUUUGGUCUUGGCCAUAGUGGAGUUUGGAGUGUGACUGUUUGAGGUUUUGGACAGGUGUCUUUUAUACUGAUAACAAGUUCAAACAGGUGCCAUUAAUACAGGUAACGAGUGGAGGACAGAGGAGCCUCUUAAAGAAGAAGUUACAGGUCCACCAUAAUUUGCAAAUAAAUUCAUAAAGAAUCCUACAAUGUGAUUUUCUAGAUUUUUUUUCUCAAUUUGUCUGUCAUAGUUGACGUGUACCUAUGAUGAAAAGUACAGGCCUCUCUCAUCUUUUCAAGCUGAAGCUGGGUUUCCCAAGUCGACUGCUCAUGACAUGCUGGUGGUACGAGCUAGCUAAACAGACGGCUCUGUAGAACAUAUGUGUGACGUCAUGCACUCAAGAAGGUUCAACCAAUCACCUGGCAGGUUCUAUCCCCGCCUUCCUACAGAAGGAAAUUUUCGCGAAUCUUGCUUAGGGCCCCCAAAAGGCUAGGGCCGGCCCUGCAUAUGUGUGAACAUUGUACAAUCAAAUCAAAUCUAAUCUAAUUGUAUUUGUCACAUACACAUGUUUAGCAGAUGUUAUUGCAGGUGUAGCGAAAUGCUUGUGCUUCUAGCUCCGACAGUGCAGUAAUAUCUAACAAGUAAUAUCUAACAAUUUCACAACAUAUACCCUAUACACACAAAUCUAGUAAGGAAUGGAAUUUAAGAAUAUAUACAUAUAUGGACAAGCAAUGACAGAGCAGCAUGGACUAAGAUACAGUAGAAUAUUAUAGAAUAGAGUACAGUAUAUACUGCACAUAUGAGAUGAGUAGUGCAAGAUAUGUAAACAUUAUUAAAGUGACUAGUGUUCCAUUUCUUAAAGUGGCCAGUGAUUUCAAUAGGCAGCAGCAGCCUCUAAUGUGCUAGUGAUGGCUAUUUAACAGACUUGAGAUAGAAGCUGUUUUUCAUUCUCUCGGUCCCAGCUUUGAUGCACCUGUACUGACCUCGCCUUCUGGAUGAUAGCGGGGUGAACAGGCAGUGGCUCGGGUGGUUGAUAUCCUUGAUGAUCUUUUUGGCCUUCCUGUGACAUCGGGUGCUGUAGGUGUCUUGGAGGGCGGGUAGUUUGCCCCUGAUAAUGCAUUUGGCAGACCGCACCACCCUCUGGAGAGCCCUGCGGUUGCGGGCGGUGCAGUUUUCGUAUCAGGCGGUGAUACAGCCCGACAGGAUGCUCUCAAUUGUGCAUCUGUAAAAGUUUGUGAGGGUUAUAGGUGCCAAGCCAAAUUUCUUCAGCCUCCUGAGAUUGAAGAGGCUCUGUAGCGCCUUCUUCACCACACUGUCUGCGUGGGUGGACCAUUUCAGUUUGUCGGUGACGUGUACACCAAGGAACUUGAAGCUUUCCACCUUCUCCACUGCGGUCCCGUCGAUGUGGAUAGGGGGGUGCACCCUCUGCUGUUUCCUGAAGUCCAUGAUCAUCUCCUUUGUUUUGUUGACAUUGAGUGAGAGGUUAUUUUCCUGCCACCACACUCCCAGAGCCCUCACCUCCUCCCUGUAGGCGGUCUCGUCAUUGUUGGUAAUCAAGCCUACUACUGUUGUGUCGUCUGCAAACUUGAUGAUUGAGUUGGAGGCGUGCUUGGCCACGCAGUCAUGGGUGAACAGGGAGUACAGGAGGGGGCUGAGCAUGCACCCUUGUGGGGCCCCAGUGUCAGGAAGUCCAGGACCCAGUUGCACAGGGUGGGGUUCAGACCCAGGGCCUCGAGCUUGAUGAUGAGCUUGGAGGGUACUAUGGUGUUGAAUGCUGAGCUAUAGUCAAUGAACAGCAUUCUUACGUAGGUAUUCCUAUUGUUCUGAUGGGAUAGGGCAGUGUGCAGUGUGAUGGCGAUUGCAUCGUCUGUGGAUCUAUUGGGGUGGUAAGCAAAUUUAAGUGGGUCUAGGGUGACAGGUAAGGUAGAGGUGUCCUUGACUAGUCUCUCAAAGCACUUCAUGAUGACAGAGGUGAGUGCUACAGGGAGAUAGUCAUUUAGUUCAGUUACCUUUGCUUUAUUGGGUACAGGAACAAUGGUGGCCAUCUUGAAGCAUGUGGGAACAGCAGGCUGGGAAAGGGAGAGAUUGAAUAUGUCAGUAAACACACCAGCCAUCUGGUCUGCGCAUGCUCUGAGGACCCGGCUAGGGAUGCCGUCUGGGCCGGCAGCCUUGCGGGGGUUAACAUGCUUAAAUGUCUUACUCACGUCGGCCAUGGAGAAGGAGAGGCCACAGUCCUUGGUAGUGGGCCUCGUUGGUGGCACUUAUUUAUCGCCCUCCAGGUUCCCUUGGAGAGUUCAUCAAUGAGCUUGACGCCUUGAUAAGUUCCUUUCCUGAGGAUGGCUCACCCCUCACAGUUCUGGGUGACUUUAACCUCCCUAUGUCUGCCUUUGACUAAUUUCUCUCUGCUUCCUUCUUUUCACUCCAUUCCUCUUUUGACCUCACCCUCUAACCGUCCCCCCUACUCACAAGGCAGGCAAUAUGCUUGACCUCAUCUUUACUAGAUGCUGUUCUUCUACUAAUCUCACUGCAACUCCCCUCCAAGUCUCCGACCACUACUUUGUAUCAUUUUCUCUCUCGCUCUCCUCCAACACUACUCACUCUGCCCCUACUCAGAUGGUAAUGUGCCGUCACAACCUUCGCUCUCUCUCUCCUGCUACUCUCUCCUCUUCCAUCCUAUCAUCUCUUCCCUCUGCUAUAUCCUUCUCCCUCCGAUCUCCUGAUUCUGCCUCCUCAACCCUCCUCUCCUCCCUUUCUGCAUAUUUUGACUCUCUAUGUCCCCUAUCCUGCCGGCUCGGUCCUCCCCUCCUGCUCCGUGGCUUGACGACUCAUUGUGAGCUCACAGAAGAGGGCUCCGGGCAGCCAAGCGGAAAUGGAGGAAAACUAGACUCCCUGCGGACCUGUCAUCUUUUCACUCCCUCCUCUCUACAUUCUGCUGCUAAAGCCACUUUCUCUAAAUUUCAAGCCUCUGCCUCUAACCCUCUUUGCCAACUUCUCCUCCCUGCUGAAUCCUCCUCCUUCUCCUCAUCCCUCCUCCCUCUCUGUGGAUGAUUUCGUCAACCAUUUUGAAAAGAAGGUUGACGACAUCCGAUCCUCAUUUAUUAAGUCAAAUGACACCGCUGGUCAUGCUCGCACUGCCCUACCCUAUGCUUUGACUUCUUUCUCCCCUCUCUCUCCAGAUUAAAUCUUGCCAACUCUCCUGCUAUCUCUCUCAGAAUGACCAUCUUGAUCCAAACCAGUCAGGUUUCAAGACAGGUCAUUCAACUGAGACUGCUCUUCUCUGUGUCACGGAGGCUCUCCGCACUGCUAAAGCUAACUCUCUCUCCUCUGCUCUUAUCCUUCUAGACCUAUCCGCUGCCUUUGAUACUGUGAACCAUCAGAUCCUCCUCGCCACCCUCUCUGAGUUGGGCAUCUCCGGCGCUGCUCACUCUUGGAUUGCGUCCUACCUGGUGUCCUACCUGACAGGUCGCUCCUACCAGGUGGCGUGGCGAGAAUCUGUCUCCGCACCACGUGCCCUCACCACUGGUUUCCCCCAGGGCUCAGUUCUAGGCCCUCUCCUAUUCUCUCUAUACACCAAGUCACUUGGCUCUGUCAUAUCCUCACAUGGUCUCUCCUAUCAUUGCUACGCAGACGACACACAAUUAAUUUUCUUCUUUCCCCCUUCUGAUAACCAGGUGGUGAAUCACAUCUCUGCAUGUCUGGCAGACAUAUCAGUGUGGAUGUCGGAUCACCACCUCAAGCUGAACCUCGGCAAGACGGAGCUGCUCUUCCUCCCGGGAAAGGACUGCCCGCUCCAUGAUCUCGCCAUCACGGUUGACAACUCCAUUGUGUCCUCCUCCCAGAGUGCAAAGAACCUUGGCAUGACCCUGGACAACACCCUAUCAAAAGUAUACACCUCACACACAUGGUUAUGGGCUUAAGAAAAGAAGACUCCUGUACCAUGUCAGAUAUAGAGUUGAAAUGUAUUACAUUUUGAGUUUGCAUCCCAAUAUUUCACUGUAUAUACAUCACAGAAGACUGAAAUUUAACAAAACUGUUUGACAUAAAACACCGGAUUUUUGGCUGCUAUUUAAAAAAUAAUGUUGAUUAAUUAUGAAAUUGUGAAAAAUAUUAAUAACAUUCCACCCAUGAGGCCACUAGGUGAUUUGACUGCAGGAAAGGGCUACUCCAUUUAGUCACAAUUGAACAUUCUACAUGUAUUUUAUAAAGUUUGAUGUAACAUCUGUCUCAAUGGAUCCAUCAGAUGUUGUUGAAGAACAGAUACUGUCUUACUACAUUAACUUCAUCAACUUCAAUAACAUCACCCUUAUAGGCAUUCUCCAAUUACUCCAAUUACUCCAAUUACCUGUUCCCCAAGUUAUCCUCCAGUAACAAGCCCCAAUUAACCCCCUCCUGCUCCUCCCGUCCAUACAAGCUGUGUGCUUGUUUUUUAGCCGGGGGCUCAUUUCUUCCUAUAUCAGCAGCUCCCCUUCUAUCCUCUUCCUCUCCCUCUUUCACUCUCACACUCCCUGCAGGAGAUGCCAGACUGACAGACAUUCAUCCUCUCUCUCUCUCUGUCUCUCUCUGUCUGUCUGUCUCACCAGGAUCAGCUUUACUGUUGCUAGGUAGGGCAGAGGUAGAACAAGGUUUUGUGUGUCUAUCACUGUUGUUUCAUUCAAAUGUCUGGUUACAGGUGUCUGUGGUGUAUGGUAUAUCUCUUUAUUGUUAGCGGUUUUUGUUCAUGUCAUUCUAUCUACUCAGUGUUCUGUCUGUAAGGUCUUGGUUUGGUCCCUCUCCUCCAGGUGACGGACUUUCCCAGUCCUCAGCCUUGUUUCUACCCAGGUGAUGUGCCUCUGCUGCUGGCUGUGGCUGCUCUGCUGCCUCCCUGCCCCUGGGUCUGUCUGGGGUCAGUCUGGAGGUGGAGGGGGGGCCUGUCGGCUGAUGGCUAAGCCCAUCUCGGGCAGUGUUUAUCAGGCAGGAGAUGUGGUCAUUGGGGGCCUGUUCCCCGUCCAUGUGGAAGCCCCUCUACCAGAGCAGGAGUUCAGGAGUAUUGAGGGAAAUGCGACAUGUACAAUGUACGCAACUCCCAAGUAUUGUGUGAUGACAGCUUUGUGUCACUGUUUUCACUUGUGUAAAGUGUAAAGUGUAUUCAGUUACCUCCUCUCUCCCUGUCUCUUCCUUUCCUCCAUCUGUCAGUUUCUACCAGCGUGCUUACCGCUGGCUCCAGACUAUGAUCUUUGCGGUGGAGGAGAUCAACCGUGACCCAGCCCUCCUGCCUAACCUCACCCUGGGGUUCCUGGCUGCUGACACAUGCCUGGCAGAGAGUACCACUCUGGGGGCAGCCCUAGCCAUGGUGACCGGCCAGGAGGCCUCCGUAGCGGGCACAGAGUGUGGAGCAACCCCUGAGGUGCCCGUCAUCAUCGGUGAUGCCCGCUCCUCAGCCUCCAUCGUGGUGGCACACACCCUCGGGCCGUUUGAUUUACCCAUGGUGAGGCAUGGGGUUGGAUUACAGACUGUGAUGGAAAGGGAUGAUGACUCUCUUACAUAUACAUUUCAAUAUCUAUCUAGAUGACUCUCUGUCUGUAAUGUUCACUUUCCCCUCUCCAUCUGCUCUCUGUGUCUUACAAAUGAGAAUUCUCCCUGACUCUCUCUCUCUGUUCUUUCCAAGGUGAGCUAUUAUGCCUCCUGUGCGUGUUUGAGUGACACCUGGAGGUACCCGUCGUUCUUCCGUACGAUACCCAGCGAUGCCUUCCAGGCUCGGGGCAUGGCCAGGCUGCUGCGUCUGCUGGGCUGGGUGUGGGUGGGGCUGGUGUCUGGGGAUGAUGACUAUGGCAAGUUUGGGGUUCAGAUGCUUCUCCAAGAGCUCCAGGGGUCUGGGGUGUGUGUCGCCUACUCUGAGGUAAUCCCCAAGGUACGACCUCACUCUGACGAUCUGACAAUAGACUCUCUCUUUCUCUCUCUCUUUUAAUCUGCCUCCCCCUCUCUUCUAAUCUAAAAUAGAAACUCUCUCUCUGAUUUCCUCUGACUCUCUUCCCUCUCUCUCUCACUGAUGGUCAUCCCCAAGGUACCAUCUCAGAGACGGAUCAGGCACAUCGUCGACACCAUCAGAGGAUCUACUGCCAGAGUGGUCGUGACAUUCGCUAUCUCACAGGAUGCACGGGUAAGCAGUUACUGGUCAGAGUAUUGUUCAUUAUUUUAUUACACAGCUGUAGCAGAGUGUUUUUGUCCUACCAUGUCUUGAUGCCCUUUAUAGACACAAAUAUUUUCAAAUUGAUAAUCAUGUAUUUCAACUUGACUAUCUUGAUCUUUUUAACCACGUCAUUCUCCAGGCCCUGUUGGAAGAGGUUGUCCGUCAGAACAUAACAGACAGGCAGUGGAUCGCCUCAGAGGCCUGGGUAACCUACUCUACUCUCUCCUCCCCUAAAAACCUGCCAUCUCUUUCCGGCACCAUCGGAUUUGCCCUGAAGAAAGCUAUAAUUCCCAGCCUGGGACCGUUCCUAACACGCCUCCGACCUGAUGGGGACUACCAGAAGUCCGACCCAUUCCUGAGGGAAUUGUGGGAGGAGAUGUUUGGGUGUUCUCUGGGGGUUGACCUCAGCAUGACCCAGUCGUCCAGGAGACAGUGUACUGGUUCAGAGGUCAUAGGUGAGGGAGAGUUUACAACUAAUGCUCUGUUUUUGUGUCCUGAUCCAUUCCCGAUGUUUUCUUGGUAAAAUAAAGUGUCAAUCCUAGGUGAGGGGGAGAGCCAGUAUGCUGACGUGUCUCAGCUGAGAGCCAGCUAUAAUGUGUACAAGGCUGUAUACGCCAUCGCCCAUGCCAUACAGGACAUGUUGGCCUGUCGACCAGGGGAGGGACCCUUUAAUGAUGGACAGUGCCCUGAUAUCUGGAAGCUUCAGCCCAGCCAGGUGACAAUACCAUGUGGAUCUGUUUUCAAGUUAACAACACUAAUGUUUCCAGUGACGAUACAGUGGAAACACUUUGUAAGGUUUGAGUACUAAAGUCAAUUGUUUCUAACUCUUAAUCCUGUUUCAAUUUAAUUUUCUCUUUGAGAUUGUUCAUUAUCUGAGGGGAGUGAACUUCAGUACUCCUGUGGGGGAUUCGUUCCACUUCGACAUGAAUGGUGAUCCGCCUGGCUCUUAUGACAUCAUCAACUGGCAUGUGACCCCUAAGGGGACAGCAGAGUUUGUCCAGGUCGGCCAUUUUCUGUCUUCAGUGGGAGCGGACGACCAGUUUCACAUCAAUAUGGAGAAAGUGGUGUGGGGUGGGGGCAGCGGAGAUGAGGUGAGAACCAUUUAGCUUGGUUUCUCUGAGGCAGAGAGGAGUGUGUGUGUGUGUGUGUGUGUGUGUGUGUGUGUGUGUGUGUGUGUGUGUAUGUGUAUGUGUAUGUGCAUGCGUGUGUAUGUGUGUGUGAGAGAGAGACUUGUUUAGUUUCUCACCCUGAGGCAGACAUACAGCAAAGAGAAAGACGGCCAAAACAGGAGAAUGUUAGCUCAGACAGAAAGCUCUGUCGUUAACAUGCUACUGAAUGGUAGCUCAGACAGAAAGCUCAGUUUUUUAUUUAUUUUUAUUUAUUUCACCUUUAUUUAACCAGGUAAGCCAGUUGGGAACAAGUUCUCAUUUACAACUUCGACCUGGCCAAGAUAAAGCAAAGCACUGCGAUAAAAACAACAACACAGAGUUACAUAUGGGGUAAACAAAACGUACAGUCAAUAACACAAUAGAAAAUAUAUAUACAGUGUGUGCAAAUGUAGUAAGUUAUGGAGGUAAGGCAAUAAAUAGGCCAUAGUGCAAAAUAAUUACAAUUUAGUAUUAACACUGGAGUGAUAGAUGUGCAGAAGAUGAUGUGCAAAUAGAGAUACUGGGGUGCAAAUUAGCCAAAUAAAAAACAAUAUGGGGAUGAGGUAGUUGGAUGGGCUAAUUACAGAUGGGCUGUGUACAGGUGCAGUGAUCGGUAAGCUGCUCUGACAACUGAUGGUUAAAGUUAGUGAGGGAGAUAAUUGUCUCCAGCUUCAGAGAUUUUUGCAGUUCGUUCCAGUCAUUUGCAGCAGAGAACUGGAAGGAAUGGCGGCCAAAGGAUGUGUUGGCUUUGGGGAUGACCAGUGAGAUAUACCUGCUGGAACGCAUACUACGGGUGGGUGUUGCUAUGGUGACCAAUGAGCUAAGAUAAGGCGGGGAUUUGCCUAGAAGAGAUUUAUAGAUGACCUGGAGCCAGUUGGUUUGGCGACGGAUAUGUAGUGAGGGCCAGCCAACAAGAGCGUACAGGUCACAGUGGUGGGUAGUGUAUGGGGCUUUGGUGACAAAACGGAUGGCACUGUAAUAGACUACCUCCAAUUUGCUGAGUAGAGUGUUGGAGGCUAUUUUGUAAAUGACAUCGCCGAGGUCAAGGAUCGGUAGGAUAGUCAACAUGCUACUGAAUGGUAGCUCAGACAGAAAGCUCUUUCAUCAACAUGCUACUGAAUAUAAGAUAUUUGUGUGGUCAGAUUCCUCACAUAGCGAACCUGCCUGUGUGUGUGUAAUAAUGAUGAUGAUGAUGAUGAUGAUGAUGAUGGUGACUGCGUCCCUGUGGCAGGUCCCUGUGUCUAUAUGCAGUGCUGCCUGUCCCCCUGGUACCAGGCAUGUGGUGCAGAAGGGGAGGCCUGUGUGCUGCUUUGACUGUGUGUCCUGCGCUGAGGGAGAGAUCAGCAACACAACAGGUAGUCUAUCAACUUUUCUCAUUCCAAUUCAUAUUUUGCCUCAUUCCUGACUGGUCCUGAUACUGACUGGUCCUGAUCCUGACUGGUCCUGAUCCUGAUUAGUCCUAAUCCUGACUAGUCCUGAUUCUGACUGGUCCUGAUUCUGACUGGUCCUGAUUCUGACUGGUCCUGAUCCUGACUGGUCCUGAUUCUGACUGAUCCUGAUCCUGACUGGUCCUGAUUCUGACUGGUCCUGAUUCUGUCUGGUCCUGAUUCUGACUGGUCCUGAUCCUGACUGGUCCUGAUUUUGACUGUUCCUGAUUCUGACUGGUCCUGAUCCUGACUGGUCCUGAUCCUGACUGGUCCUGAUCCUGACUGGUCCUGAUUCUGACUGGUCCUGAUCCUGAUUAGUCCUGAUUCUGACUGGUCCUGAUCCUGACUGGUCCUGAUUCGGACUCUUGAUUUCUCUUCCUUCUCUGUCAGGGUCAGUUGAGUGUAGCAGGUGUCCAGAGCGGUUCUGGUCCAACCCUGAUCGUACGGCCUGCGUCCCCCAGCUGGUGGACUUCCUCUCCUACAAUGACACAAUGGGCGUCAUCCUGUCCGUCAUCUCAGUUUCCGGGGUAACUCUCACAGCUGGUGCCCUGGCCACCUUCUUCUACCACCGCCAUACGCCCCUGGUGAGUUGAAUCAUAUGAUCAUAGAAAUAGAAUGAGUAGAAUGGGAGUCCCCAUUCAAGUCAAUGAUGGCAUAAUGGGUGGACUGGCAGACAUUUUGAGUGUACCGAUGCCAGGAAGUAGGGCGGCAGGUAGCUUAGUGGGUAAGAGCGUUGUGCCAGUAACCGAAAGGUCGCUGGUUCUAAUCCCCGAGCCGACUAGGUAAAAAAUCUGUCGAUGUGCCAUUGAGCAAGGCACUUAACCCUAAUUGCUCCUGUAAGUCGCUCUGGAUAAGAGUUUCUGCUAAAUGACUAAAAAUGUAAAAAAAUGUAAGUAAAAGCAGGUGUCAAAGUGCGACGUGAAUGCGGUAGGCGAAGUCAAACGCAGGACAACGAGCUACUGGAAACGAUACUUUACUAACAAAGUAACCAGAAAUAUGAAACCACCUCCAAACAGGGAGGGGAAUACUAGCAACUGCCGAAAAUGACAAGAACAAUCACACACAACACACAAUGAACGACAGAGGGUUAAAUAGGGAAUACAAUACAACAUCAUAGCAAACAGGUGUACACAAUCAAGACAAAACAAGUCAAACACAGAAACAUAGAUCGGUGGCAGCUAGUACUCCGGGGACGACGAACGCCGAAGCCUGCCCGAGCAAGGAGGAGGAGCAGCCUCGGCUGAUUCCGUGACAGCAGGAAGUGUACCUUUCAAUCUGUGCUCAGAUUUGUUGAGUCAACACAACUGACAUAGCAGAAAAUACAUUCCAUUGCAUGAGCCACAUCAGUUGGUAUCAUUUGAAUGAACAUUCUACAUUACCAUGGCAAUCCAGCAUAGUCCCUGUCGGUAUUAGUUAGAACGUCGCGACCCCGCCUGCCUGUGGGGAAAACAACCUGUGGUUACCUAGGUUACCCAUUGGCUCACAGCAAAUAGUUGAACUUUUUCAAACGCAAUUUUCUUGUUGUCUGCUUGUUUUAGUCAAUUACAAAACUACAUUUAAGAAAAGUACAACAUGUCUAAAAAUUUCUUUUCAAAAUUGCAUACACCAGAGUAUUCUCACUACUUCAGAAAAUGUAAUAUUGUAGGGCUUCCCUCAUGCCCCUUUUCAUGACGGUGAUAGCAGCCACGUGAGUGAGUGCUAGCUAAUGACAGGAACAUUAAGCUAGUCAAGACCAACAACACAAACAAACACACUAUACAGCUACAAGUAGUGAGUGGAGUUACAAACAGACUUUACAGCUACAAGUAGUGAGUGGGGUUACAAACAGACUAUACAGCUACAAGUAGUGAGUGGGGUUACAAACAGACUAUACAGCUACAAGUAGUGAGUGGAGUUACAAACAGACUAUACAGCUACAAGUAGUGAGUAAAGUUACAAACAGACUAUACAGCUACAAGUAGUGAGUGGAGUUACAAACAGACUAUACAGCUACAAGUAGUGAGUGGAGUUACAAACAGACUAUACAGCUACAAGUAGUGAGUAAAGUUACAAACAGACUAUACAGCUACAAGUAGUGAGUGGAGUUACAAAAAGACUAUACAGCUACAAGUAGUGAGUGGAGUUACAAACCAACUGUACAGCUACAAGUAGUGAGUGGGGUUACAAACAGACUAUACAGCUACAAGUAGUGAGUGGAGUUACAAACAGACUAUACAGCUACAAGUAGUGAGUGGAGUUACAAACAGACUAAACAAGUUAAAUGUCUUAACCUGUGAUAAAAAUGUUUUUCACACAAAUAGCUAUAUUUAGCCUUCUUGGACACCGGGUCCCCACAUUUCCCACUCUCCCAUGGCGAAUAGCCUGAAGCUAAGCGGCUCUUCUCGCAGGCUCUAUUUCCCUACGUGGGAGCAUUGCGAACGAUAUGUUGGGAUUGUUGACCUGGAUGUGUGUACAUGGAACAACACAACAGCUUUUCGGCACGUUUUUUUUAUUUCUGUAUAACAAAACAUGAAGUUGAAGUUGGCUCUUUUACAUUGGGGGUCAAUAGGAACGAAUGUUUGUUUUCCCCAAUUUGUGGGCGUGGUCGAGGGCAAUUCCUUAUUAUUGCGUGAAUAUCGACUCUGAGUAUCAGUUGAUAGAAUAUUCAAAAUUACCAUGGAAAUAAUUGCAUCACAAUACCAGGCAGCCAUUCUGAGUGUACCAAUGAGUUUACUAGUCAAAUUGCCAGGGUUUGAGGUUCCAAGCCCGUUCUAAUCAUUAUAUUUCUAUGCAUAUGAUCAUAUAUAAAGGUGCUGGACAGAAGUCAGUUUGUGUCAUAUAAGGAUGAGAUUGAUGAUUCAGUCUAAAUUAUCAUUCUCUAUCUCGUUUCAGGUGAAAGCCAACAACUCUGAGCUCAGCUUCCUGCUCCUGUUGUCACUCAAGCUCUGCUUCCUGUGUGCGCUGGUUUUCAUUGGCCGGCCGAAGCCGUGGACGUGCAUGCUGAGACACACCCUGUUUGGCAUAAGCUUUGUGUUGUGCAUCUCCUGCCUGCUCAGCAGGACUGUGGUGGUGCUGGUGGCCUUCAGGGCCUCUCUGCCUGGAGAGAACCUGAUGAGAUACUUCAGCCCCGCCCAGCAGAGGAUGGGUAUUUCCCUCUGCACACUCAUCCAGGUGAACAUCUAGUUUUUACUAUAUUCUAUUGGAAUUGAAUUAUUUCCUUUACUGGCCAUAUUAUAUGUUGUCAUGGUAACUGUGCUUGCUUUUUCCUUCCUACUCCUUUUCCCUUCCACAGGUGCUGAUCUGUGUGCUGUGGCUGUCCCUAGCGCCACCCCGGCCGGCUGAGAGGGGCGGCAGAGAGGGUCGGGGGCCCAGGGUGGUCCUGGAGUGUGAAGUGGGCUCUGUG